AUGGCGUCUUUCCUCACCGGAGCUGAAACGUUGACAUUUUGUGAGUCGUUUUGGAGGAAGGUUAGAGCUUCGGUGAGAUUCCCGGAUUCGCAGAGGGAUGUCCGAUUCUUCUUGCUUGCUCCAUUGGUUUCGUUCAUUGUUUUACUUUGGGAUUCUUCCAUUCUAUCGGUGGAUCUCUGUGUUCCUCGGCUUUGGUUGUCUUCAUUUUUGAUUUUUCAGUUUGGUGAUUACUAUGUUUUUUCUUCAGGUGAUUACUAUGUUUUUUCUUCAGCAUUUAUUAAGGUCAUCAUUAGGUUAGGGAUAUGUGUCAAUUACCCUGUGCUUUCUGCGUCUAUCACACUGGCAUAUCGCAGAAAAAAUACGGAUGCGAUUUCUUCCGGUUUCCAAGCUCGUCAACUUCUCCAAUGGCGAAUCUGCCAUCUUCGUCUUCUCCGCAAUCACUUUCCUCAGCCUCCAAUUCCGACAACUCCCCCGCCACUACUACUAAACCCACUUCUCACUCUUCUCUCUCCUAAACUCCAGGUUGACGCUGGGGAAAACAAUUUCGACGAGAAAACGCCUGAAGUAGCUACCAAUUUUCAAUACCUUUAUCUUGCAAACCACAUCGAGAAGUUCAAGAUAUAUGAAGCUGACUAUGCUCGUCGGUUGAUGGCAAAAUACUUCUCUAAGAAGAAUCUCUAUGGAGGCAACGUAUUUGAUGAGAAUGUUACAAUAGACAAUGAACUUAUAAAGUCAAGCAGACACAGUGCAGGCUUUUGAAGACCAGAACAGCAGUGAAUCAGUCACUGUUAAUGAGACCCCGUCUAACAUCUCAAACGGAAAGCACCUUCCAAAGAAGAAUGGUUAAGUAAAGUUCUCAAAUUUUCUCCCCCAUUAUUGUAAAAUGUUGUACAAUAAAUGCUAUGAUUGAGAUAAGCCAGACUUAGGAAACGGACACGAGCUUACAAUGGCCUCUACACACUUACAAUGAACUUCAGCUGUCUACAGCUAUUGAUGACUUUGAACUUACGUCUAUUAUAUACUACACAGCUUAAUGAUGAGAGAGAUGUGAGGAAAAAAAAAAUUUGAAAUCAAACAUUUGUAAGGAAAUCUACAUGAACUUAUAGCCGAAGUUGAACAUGAUAACUAGACUACGUCUCAGUAAAGCACAUAUGUGGAUUCAUCAUUCAUGUAUGAACCGGCUGGGAGGAUUGUGAUA